UAUUAUUAGAAAAAUAAAGAAAUAAACAAGACGGCCACUUUCGUUCUUGGAGGCCAGAUAUCGAGUGCAUACAAGAAAGGAGAGCAGAAAGGGCAGAGAGAGAGAGAGAGAGAUGGAGGUGGGUUUCUUAGGGCUGGGCAUCAUGGGGAAAGCAAUGGCUCUUAACCUUCUUCGAAAUGGAUUCGGUGUCACCGUUUGGAACCGGACGCUCUCCAAGGCAUUGUAUGAAGAAAUGAUUCCUGCCUUUAAUGUGUUAGGGAAAAAGUCAUUCUUUUUGGGACAGGUCGGAAAUGGAGCAAAAAUGAAGCUUGUAGUCAAUAUGAUCAUGGGCAGCAUGAUGAAUGCAUUAUCCGAGGGACUUUGUUUGGCUGAUAGAAGCGGUCUGAAAGAGCAGACACUUUUAGAUGUGUUGGAACUGGCUGCAAUAGCUAAUCCUAUGUUCAAGAUGAAAGGGCCUUCAAUGAUCCAGAGUAAUUAUCCCCCUGCAUUUCCCCUCAAGCAUCAGCAGAAGGAUAUGAGGCUGGCUCUUGCUCUUGGGGAUGCAAAUGCUGUCUCAAUGCCAGUUGCUGCAGCAGCAAAUGAGGCAUUUAAGAAGGCCAGAAGCAUGGGGCUGGGAGAUCUUGAUUUUUCUGCUGUCCAUGAGGUAGUGAAGGCCGCAAAAGGCUCUGGUGAGGCAUGAGAGCUCCUGUUUGGAUUUGAGAAGCGUAGAAUUGGAAAUAUGUGUGGUUACCAUUCUCACAAAUUGAAUAUUCCCUCUGGGAUCAUGAAGUCUAUCAUGUUGAUGUGCAUAUAUAUAUAUAUCGAAGGCUUUUUCA